AAUAAAUUAUUAAUCUCUUCACAUGAAUUGCUUAAAGGCUACAUAAAUAAAUGAUUGGGGCAUUAAAUGCUUUGUUUAUGGAAGGCUUAUUUUUUACUGUCUUGCUCUUUUAGGUUUUACACGCGUUGGAAAGACUGGGAGUCGUGGUAUUCUCAGAGCUUUGGUUUACAUUUCUCCUUGAGAGAAGAACAGUGGCAAGAAGACUGGGCAUUUAUACUCUCUCUUGCUAGUCAGCCUGGAGCAAGUUUGGAGCAGACACACAUUUUUGUACUUGCACAUAUUCUUAGACGACCAAUUAUAGUUUAUGGAGUAAAAUACUAUAAAAGUUUCCGGGGAGAAACUUUAGGAUAUACUCGGUUUCAAGGUGUUUAUUUGCCUUUGCUGUGGGAACAGAGUUUUUGUUGGAAAAGUCCGAUUGCUCUGGGCUAUACAAGGGGCCACUUCUCUGCUUUGGUUGCCAUGGAGAAUGAUGGCUAUGGCAGCCGAGGUGCUGGUGCUAACCUGAACACCGAUGACGAUGUCACCAUCACGUUUCUGCCUCUGGUUGACAGCGAGAGGAAGCUGCUCCACGUGCAUUUUCUUUCUGCUCAGGAGCUAGGUAAUGAGGAACAGCAAGAAAAACUGCUCAGGGAGUGGCUGGAUUGCUGCGUGACUGAGGGUGGAGUACUGGUUGCCAUGCAGAAAAGCUCUCGGCGGCGAAACCACCCCCUGGUCACGCAGAUGGUAGAAAAAUGGCUUGACCGCUACCGACAGAUCCGGCCUUGUACAUCCCUGUCCGACGGAGAGGAAGACGAAGAUGAUGAUGAUGAAUGAAAAAAAAAUCAAAGAGCAGGCGGGCAAGGUAUCGGCUCUGUGGUGACCCCAAAGUUAGCAUGGUGCUCCAAGCAGAGUGUAGGGCAGGAACGAACCACAUCUGGCGGGAUCUGCUCGGGGUCACCCGGCCCACAUCAGCAGGAUGCAUCUGCUUGCGUGAGGACACAGAGGGCUUUGUGUGGACUAGUCUGUAAAAACCUAAUUUUAUUAAGACAGAACCUUUUUCCUUUCAAAUUGUAAAUCUGUCUGUAAAUGUAACGCAUGUGGUUGUGUUAAGUUGUGUAAUAGGAAAAGUGUACCAGCAUCUUCAUAUUACUGAGUUUUUCCAGCAUGGCAUCGCCAAAAGCAAAUGGCAGAUGGUUUUGUUCCUUUGAGAUGUUGAAGUAGAACCUAGCAUUCUACUUGCAACGCAAAAGACCCAUCUUACAUCAAGUUUCACUAGAGCUUGUUAGAAAUUUGGAAACGUUUUGUACAAAUUAUCGAUAGCAAAACAUAAAAAUAAAAACAAGCUUUUAUUUUAUUAAUACUUCAGUUCUGUUGUGCCCAAUAAAAUCAAAUCUUUAAGGAACAAACUGCAAGGAAAGAAAGAAUUUUUUAUUGACUGCACUUCAUAUAGACAGCAUUCCCUUGUUGUGGAAAGAGCUUUGGUUUCUAUGGUUUUGUCUUAAGUUUCUGAUUUAGGUAUUUAUUUGUUUGGAAGAGAAUCCUUAAAUUAAAAUGAGGGUUCUUCUAUUAGACUCUGGGCAGCAAUCUCUUGAGGGGUGUUAUUCCCUGGAUGUACAUUAGGGAAGUGCUUGGGGAGCAGGCCCCUCGUAACUGUAACUGAUCAUGUGAAAUUGCUCCCUUGACACAGUUGACAAAGUGAUGUAUUCCCAGACUGCUACGCAGGGGUCCCUGGGUUCUUACUGUCCGUUAUCAGCUCUGCUUUAAGCAAAUCAUGUUAGAAAGACAUGCCUUCGCUCAGGCUAACUGGCAGUCAGUGCAGUACAGAAUAAAGAUUUUAAAAUGCAGUAAGGUGGUAAAUGCAUUGUAUAAUGAAUUUCUCAGUGAGUAGUCUGAGAAGUUUUGCAUGUUGGUUAAUUGUGGCCAUUCUUUAUUUAAAGUUAGAACUAUACUCAUAGGUAGAAAAACUUUCAUGAAGUAUAAUUUGACCACUUCAGGUACAUAUUUAAUAUUGGAUAAAAAUUUCAGCUAUCUCAGGAACACAGACCUAGUAUCCUGAUAAGCACUUUGUAGACACUGUUGAUGUGGCAAGGAAUUUGGAAAAAGACACACGCACACAUACAGCCCUUUCCCGUCCUUUGAUGAAAAUGCUGUGAAAACCGUUAAAUAUUUGCUUCUUGUUUUCUUCUAAGUUUGGUUUAGAUGGUAUUGAAAUGUGUGUAACCUCUAAGUUGAUGCCAGAAUACUGAAGAGAGAAAACUUCCCAAGAGGUGUCUUUGGUUCCCCUCUCUGAAUACUCACUGACAGGUGUUCCCAGGGUGAAAGGGUCACUUUGCUGCUUGCUAAAACUUGAAACAAAAAUAUUUGCAACUUGAUUCCAUAUAAAUGAAUUUUGACAUGAUGGUGAAUAUUCCUGUUCCAAGUGGUCAAUGUUUUCUUAAAUAGUCCCCCUGGUUUGCUUUGUGACCGCUAAUUAGAAGGCUGCCAUUCCGCUGAGCAUAGCCUCUCUACACAUUUUUCUCCAUCCAUACAUAGGAAUACUUCUUUAGUGGGCAGAGAUCCUGUUCUAGUAAAGCAAAAGCUAUGCUCCCAAUUGAAGAAGCCAAAGAGGAAGUUUGGGAAAAGCAUCUAGUCGCUGUGGUCUCCAUUGCAGUCAGUCCCGUCUGUCUGGAAAGUGACAGGCCCAGCAUUUCACCUCUGCGUGUUGUGUCUGCUGAGUAUCGCUUCCUCUUAGGUGCCUCUUUAUUUAUUUAUUUAUGAUCAGCGACCCUGAGCACAUCUAGUUUAACAGGUACAGCGUUCUUCCCUAUGGGAAAGAAUUAUAGAUGAUUACAUUUCCUAGGCUGCAGACAGGGAUGGGGCUUUAAGUGGUUUUCACAGCAGACUGGCUGGUAAAAGCCAAAAUUUUGGGUGAAUCAGCUAUGUUAAGCUCUUGAACUAUUAACAGCCAUAACUGUUGGAGUACACAGCCCUUUCUCAAAGAAUGUGUCUUUUGGUUGACACUGGACAGUAAUACUGUGACUGUAAGAAGUCUUUAUUCUUUUUCUAGGGAAAAACACGGUGUUGUUGAGUUUUCUGUUAAAUGAAACAAAACCCAGGUGUACCAAGGAUUUGGACCUGCCAUGUUUUUGCCUCAGGCGCUCACUGCCCCAGGCACUUAGUCUGUGUCGAGGGAACACUGCUGUUCCUGGGCAGUUGGGGGCCUCAUUUUCAUUGCAGAUGUCACUCAUUGGUGGCCGACUUGACCAGUAGCUAUGAAGCUGAUGUUUAACUACCCUUCUCUUCCCCGGAGUGAUUGAUCGGUCAGUGACCAUGUGGCUCCAUCUCUACCCACAUGAGGUCAUUCCAAUAUAAUAUAAUUUUUCACAGAGUUGGUGGGAUGGGACCACCCCUUAAAAUGGGUGAGGGGGUUGACUUUGAGAUGCCCUGACCUUACUGUCUUUUAAGGGUAAAGAAGGGGGUCAAAGGGAGUUUGGGACCUGCAAUUGGACUCAGCUGACACUUGAAGAUACCAAGAGUAUAGAGGGGUCUAAUGCUAUUUAAAAAGAUCCAUUAAAUAUCAGUUUAAAGUUCUGGGCAUACAGAAAUGGCUGUUUUACAUUUUUUUGUAAAUAUUUUAAAAGAGAUUCACUUCCCUUGCACUAAUGCUUAAAGCCAGGUAAUUUUGCUUUUGGGUACAUUAAAAUCAAAACUCUGAAACUUGA